GGUUGUUUAAGCGACGUCAAUAAAACAUUCAUGUGGCGUGACUCGAAUUGAGAUAUUGUCUGGCUUUGUGUUACAAAAAUGGAGCAAUCCCAGAAAACUAAAACAAAGAAGGGACAGCCACUGAAUGCCGACUCUGUCACAUUUAUCCCUGGUCUCUUCAAGCCUCCACCAAGAGGAUUCAUCCCCAUAGAUGCCAACGAUCCUUUCAUCGCAGGCCCUGAGGUACUUCAGCAAGAAUGCAGCCUCUUUCAAAGAGAAAAUGCAACCAGAAGCCAAGAAAUCGAAGAGAUUUUAAAAUUCUCCGAGAAAGACUGGAAGAGAAUUGCAGAGGUUCAGAUAGAGAGGGAGAGACAACUAAGGGAGAAGGAACAAGCAGAAAUGGAGAAGGCAGCCGCCAUAAAAGCAGUGGACCAGAAGAUAAAACAGAAUCUAGACCGUAAGGUGGAUCUGCUCUUCAACAAACACGAGUUCUUUGUAAAGAAGCAGUGCCCUGUUGCGAUUCCCUUCAAGUCAUCACUGAAUCAUGCUGAGCAUCAAGCCUACCUGAGAGCUUUUGUUAAAUUCAAGAUCAGAACACACAAAACAGCUUGUGAAGCCACAGAAUAUGAGCAGUACUUGAGACUUCAGAAUCGUGUGUAUGAGGAACAGAAGAUGUUCAUGGACUUCUCCUUCCAAGUGUCAAGGUUGCAGUUAGAUUCAUACAAUUCCAUUCCAGAACUGGUCAAUGAGUAUGUCAAUGAGUAUGUGCAGCAUCGCAGCAGACGUGCAACUAAAUACAUGUCCAUAUACUUCCAAGAACAAGAAGUGCCCAUCAGACCCCAAGAUCCUUCUAAUAGGCUAAGCAACCUGCAGUUUCAACACCUGGGUCACUUACUCAGUCUGGGCUCUGUACCGUGGCUUAAAUUGCCAAAUGUUCACAAAUUGAACCAACUCAACUUGGAUGAAUCUGUCCUGAAAACCCAACCCCCAGUACCAAAGGAAGAGGAUAAGGGGAACACGCUCUCAGGGACAGUGUGUGAGGACCCCAAUGCAAUAUAUUUAGCACAGAAGCACCAGGCAAAUAUAGUGAUUUGCACAAGUGCCUUGAAGACACUAGCGGACAAUCAUGGCCCAAACUUUGACAAUGAAUGGGACAUUCCUGUGAAAGUGCAGAGCUACAACAUUAAAGAUGACAAUGGUGAGGAGAAAAGCCACCGUGUUGUUUUCAUAGACAAGCCAAUGCCAAAGAAGACGUGGACGCCCCUGGACAAAAAACAGCUGUUUUAUAAGAAAGCGGCUCUUGCUUCACUAACAGAAAUCAAGCGGUUGAAUGUGUUCAGAAUGAAAUCACCACCAUUAUUUAAGCAUGAAAUGAUGGUUCAAAAUACCGUUCAAGUGAAGGAUCAGGUUAAGUAUGAUGAUGACUUUCUGGACCUAACAUCAGUAGCCAGUCAUGACGUCUUCGGAAUUGAUUCUAAUGUGAACGAGUCAGAUUUUUUUUCUUCACCGAAAAGGAAAAACGAUACAGAGGAAGUUAAAAGCAACAAAAUUUCAAAAAAGAAAGUAGCUGGCAAGAAACCACAAGAUAAAGGCAAGAGUCAAGCAAAUCUGUUUCAGAUGAUCCUAUGGAUUCCAAAGGAACAGAUUAUAACAUCUGAAGUCAUUGCUGACAGAGGAAACACAGAGAGUGUGAAGCCAUUAACUUCACAGUCAUUUAACAGUGGCAGCUUUCUUGAGGACCUCAUUGACUUGCAGGAUUCUCUACUGAAGCCUCUGCAGACUCAGAACUCCCCAGUGAAGGCAAAAGAUGGAGAAAUGGAAGCAGAUCCUGUUCAUCCCUGGCCUUGGUCAAACAGACUUCAGACAGACUGGUCCAGUCAUGGCGAGGCAAAAUCUUGUGAGUUGUGGACUGGAAAGAACAAACACUACCAACUCUUCUCCAUGGGACCCAGGAACCUCCAGCCAAAUGCCUCAUGUCAAGAUUUACGAAUUAUUGUCAUACACAACAUUCAUGGCAUCUCAAGGUUCAAGUCCAAAAAGAUAAAGAGUAAAGCCUAUAUAGUUUAUCCAAAGAUAGAAAAUCAGCCAUAUUUUGGUUGUGAAGUAAACACCUUGUCUGAGAUUACUCAGCAAUGGAUUCACCUGUUGGUAGCCCCAAGCACAACUCUGUUACAAGUGCGCGUGUGCGAGAGCACGGGCGAGGUGCUUAUGAGCGAGGAGAAGACGCUUCCGUCGGUGCUUCGCGAGGGCCAGCAGCAGCACAUUGGCUUCGCGCCGCAGCCGCACCUGCUCACGCUCUACUCCGUCUUCAGCGCCGUCACGGGGCUGUCCUCGGGCGCCUACCUGCUGCACCACGACGCCAAGACGGAGGCCUUCAUCAAGCUCAUGAGAGCGGGCGACGCCGACAGGAGCAGGUAUUCCUCCGUCAGGCAAGCGAAGCGCCAAGGCUACGUGACUGCGUCGAGCCUCGUUCCUGGCCUUGGGUCUAAUUAUUUCAUAGCUCCGUUUUAUUUGCGAAAUAAUACGAGCGGAAUCGGCCAUCAUGACGACAUAGAAACAGCGGGAAAUGGCCGUGACGUCAUCGCCUCUGUCGCUCUCGCCCUCGUUCAUCGGCGAAUGAAAUCGUCUCUGUUUAGACUGGGUUCGAGGCGACGUUGCGUGAGCUUGGUUGUGUUUUCUGCUUGGAGACUGGGUCACCUGCAAGCAUUCAACCUGCACUCCAGCUAUGCUUUAGCCACACCGACCACGCGGCCUUAUACAGUUCCGCCUUGGCUGGCAAUCGACACGCACCUCCUGACGCCAUUUCACUACAAGCAUUACAAGAUCCCUGGUACUUUCCCUAUGCAGAACCCUGAUCAAAAACUCACGCCAUCACAGAAGAAAUUGAAACACGAAAAGGCGAAAAAGAAGAAGAAACUUGCAGACCUAGAAAAAAAGGCAGAAGCCGAUGCCGAGGACCAGGAGAGAGACUGAUAAAUUGAACUCUUCAAUUAGGAAAUAAUUGUGUUACUUCUUUCCUUUGAUAGGCAGUGAUUUUCUUCACUGGAGAAAACGUAUUUGUAUUUUUAUGUAAAGCAUUAGUAUCUCUACAUUUAAGUAUGUAUAUAAUAGAAAACUUUGUAUGAGAAUAAUGACAAUAAAAAAACAAGCUUUA